GCCGGGACCUUUGCCCACGUAGGCGUGUCCGGAAGUUCCCGGACCUGGCAACAUGGCGGCUUCCACGUCCGGCCUCGGCGGUGGCGUCGUCCCUGGUCCCGAAGCCGGGGACUUCCUGGCCCGGUACCGCCUGGUGUCGAACAAGCUGAAGAAGCGGUUCCUGCGGAAGCCGAACGUUGCGGAAGCCGGGGAGCAGUUCGGUCAGUUGGGCCGCGAACUGCGCGCCCAGGAGUGCUUGCCUUACGCAGCCUGGUGCCAGCUGGCAGUGGCGCGGUGCCAGCAGGCGCUCUUCCACGGGCCUGGGGAGGCGCUGGCCCUCACGGAGGCCGCACGCCUCUUUCUGCGGCAGGAGUGCGACGCUCGUCAGCGCCUGGUCUGCCCCGCCGCCUAUGGCGAGCCGCUGCAGGCGGCUGCCAGCGCCUUGGGCGCCGCUGUGCGCCUGCACCUGGAGCUGGGGCAGCCGGCCGCCGCCGCCGCCCUGUGUCUGGAGCUGGCCGCCGCCUUGCGCGACUUGGGCCAGCCGGCCGCCGCCGCCGGCCACUUCCAGCGCGCCGCCCAGCUGCAGCUGCCCCUUCUGCCCCUGGCCGCUCUGCAGGCGCUGGGCGACGCCGCCUCCUGCCAGCUUCUGGCGCGCGACUACAAUGGCGCCCUGGCGGUCUUCACGCGCAUGCAGCUCCUAGCGCAGGAGCAUGGCAGCCAUCCCGUGCAGCAGCUCCCGCCUCCACCACCGCAGACCCUGCUGGCCCCGGCGCAGUCUCAUCCCCAGCCGCCGGGGCCCCAACCCGGACCUGGCGCGACCCCCUUGGUGCCCGCCGCACCGCUCCCCGCAAACCCUGGCUCUGCCUUGCCCUCUCCUGUCGCCCUGGGCGCCUUCUCGGAGGUGCUGGUGCGCUGCGAGGUGUCCCGUGUGCUGCUGCUGCUGCUCCUACAGCCACCUCCGGCCAAGCUUCUGCCCGAGCACGCCCAGACUCUGGAGAAGUACUCCUGGGAAGCUUUUGACAGCCACGGACAGGAGAGCAGCGGCCAGCUUCCUGAGGAGCUCUUUCUGCUGCUGCAGUCCUUGGUCAUGGCUACCCACGAAAAGGACAUAGAAGCCGUCAAGUCACUGCAGGUGGAGAUGUGGCCUCUGUUGACUGCUGAGCAGAACCACCUCCUUCACCUCGUUCUGCAAGAAACCAUCUUCCCCUCAGGACAGGGGGUCUAAUAAUCACUUUAACCAAAGACCCCUUUGCCUGGUAGUCGACCUCAUUCAUCCACCUUUGCAUUUAGGGGGAAAUAAAAGGCUUUGAUCCAGGUUCUGCAUCUCCUGUUACUCAUUGUAAUCAUGGGAAUUUAGUUGACUGAAGUUACCUCCCAAAUGUGCUUUUCUACCAUGGAGGAGAAGAAAUAAAAUGGAAUAUUAUAGAAUCACAGUGAAGGACAUUUUAUCUCUUCCAAAAAACUGCAACAUUAAAAUGAGAAUCCUUUUAAUCUUCUUUCUCUUUCACCCCCAUCUUUCUUUCCUAGUGAGCACUUGGAAACAUUGGGUUUACACAACUCUGAAUAAGCUGUAUGACUUUAUGGCUCA